AUGAUUAAAAUUGAAAACCCCACUGCAGCUGCUUAUUUGGAAGGGAUUGACUACACACGGUGGGCUCGUGCUCACUUUCCUGGCAUUCGAUAUAACAUAAUGACCACAAAUAUUGCUGAAUCAUUUAAUGCUUUGGCACGGCAUGCACGUAAACUUCCAGUGGUUAUGCUUAUUGAAUUUCUACGUUCGACAUUACAAAAAUGGUUUUAUACUCGUCGCAAUAUAGCAGAUACUUGCACUCAUCCUCUGACUCCAUGGGCUGAAGAAAAGUUAGCCAAUCAUAUUCAUAAAUCAGCUAAUAUGAUUGUCAAACCAAUAACCGUCGAUAGAUACGAAGUGUAUAGCAGUGGUAGAUCUGUCGCUAUCGUGAAUCUUGCAACAAAAGAAUGCAGCUGCAAAAAAUUUCAGCUUUCACAAAUCGCAUGCGUACAUGUUGCGGCAAUUGCCAGAUUUCAAAACCUCUCCAAUUGUUAUCCUUGGGUAAAUAAAUAUUACUCAACUGAAUAUUGGAAAGCUGUCUAUCGGGAGGCUGUUGAACCUUUGGGAGAUCCUUCCGAAUGGGUACAACCUGAAGAUAUCCGUAUUGUUAAUCCACCACAAAUGCAACAACGACGUUCCGGUCGUCCUUCAGAACGUAAUAGAAGACCAUCAGAAGGAGAAGAAAUAUGUCAAAUUGAAUGUAGCAGAUGUCAUCAGAAAGGGCACACGCGUUUAGUUUGUAAAAAUCCCUUAUCGGCAGCUACAACAUCUUCAUCAGGUCUAGGUUUAUCAGAAAGAAUAUAA